AUGCCGUCGGCUUUCAAGAGGCGUGCGCCUGCCCAGCGUGUAGUCGACACACUAUUGGCAGAUGCAAGCAACGAUGAUAGUGCCAAGUAUGAGGAUGUUGGAUCGACUCAGUCCCACCAAUCACCGACAAAGUGCAAUGGCACGACAGCUGCAUCCGUGCUCGUAGCGAGUAGCAAAUUUAUAAGCCCCACCAACUCGGGCCACGCGAUUCUUGAUCGGUACAUUCAGCAGACCGGCUCUCUGACACAAUGGAUUCCAGGAAUAGAUCUCGGCCACGUGCGUCCUCUUCACAACCUGCCGGCUGAGGAAAUGGCGCAGCAGCAGGCAAAUGCCGAUGAGGCUUAUCUUUUCGCUGAAAGCUUUGCUCGGCUGUCUGCUGCGCAAGGGCUGAAAGAGGGAACGGUCCUCGUUCUCGGUCCUGGCGCGAGACAAUGGGCGGAGCGAAUACCGGUAGAUCUGACCGAAACCGCAUCGCCAAGUGCUUCUGCUCCUAGACUCCAACCUCAAAUUGCAGCGCCUUCACCUACACAGCCGCAGAGAGACCUGGGCAGCGCUUCCAGAUAUGCUGGAAUUGCACCAAAGCCUACCACCGAAGGUGUGCCAGGAAUGUCAUUCGCCAGCUCUUCUGGAGACGCAGCUUUUGAUCUGACGAAGACGUUGGGCCACGCUAGAGUUGAGCAACUCGAGCGUGCUGAAAAAAAGCUGAUGCUGUUCGAUCAGCUGGACUGCCCAGCUGCAGGUGACGAAAGUGGAGAAAGGCCAUACGCAGAGACUGUCGAGUCGCAAGCCUUAGCUUGGAUGCGCGCAGCAAUCGAAACUGAUCCAGGGCGGCGUUUCCGAAUUAUUUUGCUCAAUUUGGGCAGCUCAGCUUGGAGUCCAUCUCCUCAUGCCAUCCUCCAACUGAUGCUCUCCGUGCGAAGACUUGCGGCAUCUUUCAAAUCCGCGCUCAUCCAUGCUACUGCUCUGCUGAGCGUCGCUUCCCUGCUGUCGCGCGAGAUGACUCCCGGGUGGCUCUCACGGCUUACCUCUCUGGGCAAUAUCUCCCUCUGCAUCUCCUCAUUCGGCACCUCUUCCCAGCUCUCAGAUGCAUUUCCUGCCCAUACUGGAGCUUUACGGAUAUGCAACGCUUCGCCUAGCAAUGCCUUUGUCGGCCCCUAUGAGCAACCGGACGAGCUGGGAUACAGAGCUAGGAAGCGUGGGCUGGGAGUAGGGCUGUUGCAUCUGGAUGUUGGAGGUGGAAUUGGGGAGAGGAGGACAAAGGCUCCAGUAGGUGCGACCGGCGGCAAGGAUCAGGAAGCGACGAGCCAUUCAAUCGACGGUCCGAAACAGGACGCGUCGAGUGCUCGACGUCCGCCAGCUGGCACGGCAGAUAUCGAAGAUGCACACAAAGGCUUGCAUCAGCACGUAGCACAAGUAUCGCUUUCUGAAUCAGAAGGACGCGAUGCUAUCAUCGGCACUCCACACUUGCUGGUAGCAGCAGAGACGCGAGAACAACAUUCGGAGCCAGGGAUUGCUAGGAGUGGCGGCAUCGUACGACCGUCCGGCGCAUCUAAGCUCGCAAGCACCGAAGGUGCAAAGCUCGCGCUUGACGAACCAAGGAAAUUGGGGGGAAUUGCGGCGCUUAGAGCCAGAGGACUGACCUUCCAGGCAAAAAGGUCGGCCACCAGCAUGACCAGUCUGAGCCAGCAUGAUACGCGGAAAGAGGGCAGUGGUAGUGACAAACCCGCACUUCGAGACCACGACCGGCCAAAGAGAGCGAACGAAUAG